AUGGCAUCCUUCGUGACCGUUAGAGGACAAGCCAUUUCACUAGAGUCUCAAACAGAAUCAUUGUUGUCAAAAUACGCACAAUUUGCACAGACGACUAGUUCGGACGCAACGGGUCAAGAAAGGACCCUUGACAGCAAGCUGGAAAAGGUGCUUCUUAAAAGACAAGACAUAAUUGAUUCAUUGCGCAAAAUUUGUGAUGAAACUCCGGGAAUCUCGACCUCCAAAACAUUGCAAGUGCAACGGCACCAAGAAGUUCUGCAAGAGCAUAAACAGCAUUUCCGGAAUUUGAGAUCGUCCAUUCAACAAGAACGGAAUCGUCUCAAUCUACUUUUUAGUGUCAAGAAAGACAUAGCACAGCAAUCUGAGGAUAGCCCAGACGCUUACAUUCAGGACGAAACCCGGCGCAUAGAAGAAUCGCACAAUGUCGUGGACAGUUUACUCUCACAAGCCUGGCAAACAAGGGACCAGUUUUCCUCUCAAAGAGCCGUGUUGCAGUCUGCUGGCGACAAAAUGAUGAACACAUUACAGCGCGUUCCGGGUAUCAACCAAGUGAUAGCUAAGAUCAACACGAGAAGGAAGAAGAAUGCCGUGAUUUUAGCCGGCCUAAUUACGCUGUGUAUACUAUUCCUAUUUUUCACCUGGUGA